UGUACGUUCACUAUGUGUUGUUGUACACUCAUGGAGUUGUUUACACCAUGUACACUGCCAAGUUCAUUGUUAAAACAGCCCAGACAACAAAUAGACGUGCAGUAUCGCUAGCUCCAUGACCUUUGACACUGAAGUUCAUUGUCAACAUACACAAUGUACAGUACUGCAGUACGUUGUAAGUUGUACAUUGAUCCAGCAACUUUGGACACACCCUGCACAGUACAUAGUACAAACUUGCUAUGUAGGUGUUUUUGUGACUCUAUUUGUUGCGACAGAAUCCUGCGUUCCUACCAGGAAAUAAGAGACUGCUGUUAACUCAGUGAACAUUCUGACAGGAUUGCAGACGUAUAUUGGACAUCUUUUCCAACAGUACUAAGUGCUUAGAUCAAAAUGGCGUAUUCUAAACCAUCACAAGGUUCAGCUGUAGAGAAAAUCCGAAAGGAUUAUCUGGAGUGCAGUAUUUGUCAAGAGGAGUACACGGAACCCAAACUACUAGACUGUCUUCACAGCUUCUGUAAACACUGCUUACUUCAAUAUCUCACUACCAACUACAAAGAUGCAAAGAUGCUUAUUUGUCCUUUGUGUCGAAAGGAGACACAACUUCCUGAGACGGGUGUUGAAGAUUUCAAGAGUAACUUCAUUUUAACUGGUCUUGCAGGUCAACUGGAGCAGGUCAGCUUAUCUGCAAACAGCAAGUUGGUCUGUAAGUUAUGCAAGGAGAAAAAUGAAGCAACGUAUUUCUGUUGUGACUGUCUCAUGAUCAUCUGUGCAAACUGCAAUGAAAUACACAAACAAAUUCCAGCAUCAGCAAGCCAUACAGUAGCGACUUUGAAAGAUAUUAGUGAUGGAAAGAUUGCAAUGAAAAAGACAAAACCAAAGCGUCAUCCAGAAUGCCAAACUCAUGAAGGUGAAGUGAUGAGGUUCUACUGUACAACAUGUGGUGUGAUGAUUUGUAGAGAUUGCACUGUCAUCGAUCACUGUAAACCACAACAUGAGUAUAUUGACUGCAACCAAGCCUCAUCCACAUACAAACAGUCAUUGGCUCAACUCUUUACUUCCCUUGAAGAAACCCUGAAGAAGCUUGAUCAAUCUCAAGCAACUGCCUCAACAAUGAAAGACAACCUCAACAUCGCAGCUAAGAGAACCAUGGCAGAGGUGAAGAACAGAGCUGAUGAGAUCAGGGCUGAGGUAACAGCUCAAGAGAGUCGCAUCAUGGAUGAAAUAAAAACUAUCCUUAAAGAUCAGAACAAGAAAUUGGAGGAAUUUGAGCAAACAGUGCGUCUAAACUCACAGCAAAUAAAUCAUUCACUGCAAACUGCCAAAGACAUCAGCAAGAAUUCAUCAGUGCCUGACUUCCUUGCAAGCUAUCCAAGAAUCAGUAAGGACUUGAAAUUACUUGGAGAUCAAAAUCAACCCAAGAUAGAUUUGACCCUUGACCAUCUGAGAUUCACUGCAGGGGUUUGUGACAUCUCCCUGGGUAACCUGAGUACGAAGGAGCCAAAGUGGGAGCUUAGUUUGAAGUAUGAUGUAGGCCACUAUGGGGCUUGUGACAUUGAUGCCUCUGUACCUGGGGAUGAGAUGGUAGUGGCACACUACGGGAAUAAGAGAGUGGUAAUCUACGACACUAAGGGACAACAGAAGAAAACUAUCCCACUAUCAAGAAACCCUCGGGCUGUUGCUGCAUUCCAGAAUCAGUUAGUGAUUGUAGAUGAGACCAACUCUGUCAAGAUGUACAAUAGGAAUGGCAACCAGAUGUUUGAAUUCCACACAGUGCCUCAUAGUGAAGUGGGCAAGACAUCAGUGAACCUCCGCAGUGUAGCAAUCAUGAAGGAUACAUCAAUCAUUGUGGGGGAUAUAAAGAGGUCUGUUAUAACUAAACACAGAUCCAGUGAUGGUUUGCUCAUUGACACUAUUUCAGUUCAGAAUAAACCUUUCUGCUUGGCCAUUGACAGCAAGGACAGAGUUGUAGUCAGUGGUGGGGGGAAACAAGUAGACAUUGUUGAACUCACUGGUACUUUAUUAUUCAGCAUCAAUCCAAAGAUUGAUAGUCAACAAGUUAAAUCCUGCAGAGGUGUAUGCUGUGACAGCUCAACUAUCUACAUUGCAGUGUGCAAUGAGGAUUGCAACACUGGUCAUAUUCAUCAGUAUGACACUCAGGGGAGAUUUCUCAGCUGUAUUGCUCAGGAUCUGUACAGCCCAUUGGGAAUCUCAUUGACAUCAGAUGGUCAGCAGCUUGCAGUGGCAGACAAGGAAUCAGUGAAGAUUUAUAACAAGGUGUAA